GCCAAAGCUAAAGGAAGUCUGAAAUCCUCACGUUUCUGAAAAAUCUGAUUGCAGAAAGUGGGUUUGUUCUUUACUCUACGCGUCAACGACUCGGAUCAUUCAGUAGCAGCGAUAAUACAGAAGAUGAUAUUUACUACGUCCGUGUCUGUUAUCGGCAUAAUCUUCUUUUCAGGAUGCUUUGCAAACAACGUUAUUGCAGGAACGCCCUGUGCAUCCAAUGCCUCUAAUAUUUGUUAUCACGGCUCACAAUGUGUGGAAGAAAACAUUACUAGUACAGGAUUCAAAUGCCUUUGUGUUCCUGGCUAUACUGGUCAACGCUGCGAAGUGGACAUCGACGAGUGUGAUUCCAAACCAUGUCAGAAUGGGGGAAGAUGCGAAGACGGUGUCAAAAAAUUCACGUGUACUUGUGCACGAGGUUUCACCGGAGCGACAUGCGAGAGGAGAAGUAAGGAGUGCACUGACCCUCCAGGUAUAUCGAAUGGGAGGGUUAGAUCGUCAAAGACAAUUGCCGUGUACGUUUGUAAUUCUGGGUAUAAGACCAUUGGGAUUCGCGUGAUCAGAUGUAGAAAUAAUAAGUGGACUGGAAGUCCACCCACAUGUCAGCGAGGCUCAAAACCUCAGUCAUGUACAACACCCAGAAGAAUCCGACAUGGAGAUUUUAAGCCACAUGAAGACGAUUACCUAGUCGGUACCACUGUCACUUAUUUCUGUAGAGACAAUUACCGGCUCAGAGGAAGUGCUUCAGUGACUUGUACCAACAACAGAAACUGGUCACCCAAACAACUUCCUAGAUGUAUAAAAAGAGCAAAGUGUAAGGAUCCAGGCUCUCCCGAACACGGUCGCCGAGACGGAAGUUUGUUUCUACUGGGAACUCAGGUUCGUUUUUCCUGUGAUGACGGGUAUGAGCUUGUUGGUCUUAAUUCACUUCAAUGUGUUCCGUUGUGCAGCUCAUGCAGGACAGUACGAUGGAAUGGAACAACUCCAACGUGCGAAAAAAAUGAUCCGUUGAGAGGUUUGAAAAGGGUCGCAGAUAGACUCCGUGAACACUUCAUCGACAAACUGAGCUGGAUGACAACCGACAGUUUGGCAAGAGCAGGGUUGUCCUCGGGAGCCGGAGGCCUCGAUCUGGUGUUCAUAUUCGAUAGCUCGGCAAGCGUCGGUAGUGCGAACUUUAAAAAAGGAGUUGAAUUCGCCAAAACGAUCAUUGAAGAGUUUGGUAUAUCGGCAUCUCAAAUGGGAACAAGAGUUGCUGUUGUUACAUUUAGCUCGACAGCUAAAGUAAUUUUUAAUCUGAAAACGAAUGCAAUGGCUAACAAAACAGAGGCUAUAAGGACUCUCGAGAACUUAGACUUCAUCGCCGGUGGUACUGCUACACGCCUUGCGUUGAAUAAGACCAUUGAGGAAAUCGUUCCCGAAGCCCGAAAAGACAGCAAGCGGGCUUUGUUCCUCAUAACUGAUGGCAGGUCCAAUAUAGGUGGUGAUCCCAGCGCAGAUGCUGUGAUACUACGUGACUUCCAGAAGUUUGAAAUCUACGCUAUUGGCGUAACAGACAGCGUGGAUGAAAAAGAACUGCGCAGCAUUGCUUCUGAACCCUUCAGAACGCAUGUCUACCUUCUCAAGGACUUUGAUGACUUUGCCAAGCUUAAACAGCUGAUCAGUGCCAAAGGGAAUGAUUACAGUGAAUGUGGCAUUGCAGGAGAUACUCAGCUGAGAAAUGACGAUGAUGAAAACUUCCGCUUUGUCGGUGGAAGGGAGGCCAAGCCAGGUGCCUGGCCUUGGCAAGCAGCUAUCUACGUGAAGGGUAAUUUCCGGUGUGGUGGUGCACUUAUCAAAGGGAACUGGGUUCUAACUGUGGCGCACUGCUUUUUCUACGAUGGGACUGUGAAACCGAAAGAUGUUGUCGUAAGGAUGGGAGAACACAACCGAUUCAAAGAAGAAGGUGCUGAGCAGAAUAUUAGAGCAAAGAAGCUUAUCUUGCAUCCCAAUGCGACCCGGGGGAACUUACACGUAGGAGAUGACUUAGCUUUGAUUCGCCUUAAGCACCCAGUGAAAUUCUCACCGUUGGUAAGAACUGUGUGUCUCCCGGAACCCACGGACGUGUUCUACGUCAGACCAAAAAAACCGUGCGUGGUGGCCGGUUGGGGAUCUUCUCAAAAGGUUUCGCCGGAUGAUUUAGCAGGCCCACCGAAUGAAGUCCUGCAACAAAUUCAAAUAAAAUUCGUAUCCCAGCGCGAUUGCCGUGAAAAUGCCACCAAUGCUGUAGCAAUAACAGAAAACGUUGUCUGUGCUGGUGAUGCUUCAGGAAAGAAAGAUGCAUGCAAAGGGGACAGUGGUUCGCCUCUUGUGCUCAGACGUUCCCUCGAUGACAGCUGGGCGGUGAUUGGUUUAUCGAGCUGGGGAGAUGGGUGUGCCACGAAAGGAAAAUACGGUGUGUAUACGCGACUGAAAAGUCAUUUGCGCUGGAUAAAACGGAAGACAAACAGAAAAAAUGGGAAUGGGAAGAAGAACAAAGAUUAGAGAGAAGCGUUCUCAACGGAGAGUAGGAAAGGGGGGGGGGGAAAGAUUCCCCUUUACGAACGUACAUGGGUAAGACUUAGAUAUUUUAAGAACUAAGUACGCUGCAGUCUUUCUUUUAGAAAAGAUUUCUCCUGAAGAUCGGUCUUUAUUUAUCGCCCCCCGGGGGGAGUCACUUAGGGUUAGUAUUCUAAUGAUCUUCCUCAUUGGCGGUCAAUUCUCUAAAGUCCUUCUUUAGACUCUGGUAACGACGAUUAACCAACUCCCCCCUUCCGUUUUCCUUCGAUGUGACCCCCCUAAAGUGUUUUACCCCCCCCUCCCCACGCCCAGGCGAUAGAUAACGACUGGUCCCUCAGAUAGUUCUUAGUGCCUGAUUUAGUUUCAUGAACAGGAGUGGCUAACUCUUACGAUAAACUCGUUAAUACUAAUAUCCACCGGUAAAACACAGUUAACUACAGUAGUUUUUCUGAAACUGUCAUUGUAUAGUUUAGUUUGCAGAUGAAUAAAGAACAUUGGAGUAAUGGGAGGCUUAUUUCCUGUGAAAAAACUGUCA